AUGGACCGUUCGCCCGUGGUUGCUGGCGGGGUCACUCCAGUCAGCCCAACCAGCCCGAUAGACGCCCGCCACGGAGCGAAUGGCGCACAUAAGCGGAAGCGUGGCAGCUUGGCCGGCGCCGAUAGCAGUCCGGCCAGCAACAUCGGUCAUGACGAUGACCAUGCCGAGCCCGAGAAAAAGCGCCAGCCCGGUGUGAAGCGCGCCUGUAAUGAGUGUCGCCAGCAGAAGUUACGAUGCGAUGUGGUCCAAGAGCCCUUCCAGAGCUGCUCAAGAUGCAACCGCCUCAAGCUCGAAUGCAAGAUAGAGUCCAACUUCAAGAGGAUAGGCAAGCGCAGUAAACAUGCCGAAAUGGAAAAGGAAAUCGAGCGUCUGCGGAGGAACAUACAACGCGCCAAGGCCCAAGGUUUCGUGCCCGAAGACGACGAUGACCAGCAGCUCCACUCCCCCAUAGCUCCCAGCACCUACACCCAUACUCGGAACCCCUCCUUGAUGGGAUCGGACGAGGCCGUGUCGUCUUUGCUGCACCUCAAGCGGGGUGGAUCCUACAGCGUGCCUCGCGUCACGCACGAGUUGGAAAACGUGCGCCUCACCGAAGAUGCCGUGACGCACCUCUUUGCCGAGUUCUUCGCCUUUUACCAUCCCUUCCUCCCUUUCCUCAACCAGCAGCAGACCCCCGACCAGUAUUACCAACAACACCCGUUGCUCUUUUGGGCUAUCAUCGCCGUCGCUGCUCGGAGAUACCAAGCCGAUCGAACGCUGCUCACGUCGCUGGCGGCGCCCCUCACACGUUUGCUAUGGACCACCAUCGGAGACGUACCCACGAGCUACUUCGUCGUCAAGGCCCUUUGCCUGCUGUGUACUUGGCCGCUACCCACUAGCACGACGAGCUCGGAUCCCACCCAUAUCCUGUGCGGUGUCAUGAUGAAGGCGGCGACCAUGAUAGGACUCCAUCGGCCCAACCACAUUCAAGACUUCUCCAGGGUAUCUGUGGAACUCAACCGAGAGCAACUUCAAGAUCGAAUAACGACGUGGGCCGUUUGCAAUAUCGUCGGCCAGUCUAUCGGCACGGGCUACGGCCAGCCGGCCUCUACUUUGUACGAUUGGACCCUCGCCGUGAAACCCAAUGACGAAGGGCCGCUUAGCCUGUCCCUGGAGCUCCAAGUCAGGCUGCAGAUAGAGAGGUUCUGCGACAAGGUUUCGAAGGAGAUGUACAGCAACGUCAGUGACCCGCGAGGCGUAGCUGGUGACGAGCAUCGAGCGAUGCUCAUGAGGGUCUACCGCCGUGACUUCGCCGAGCUUCAAGCGUCCGUCCUUUCCCGUCAGCUGAAUCCCAUUACCACCCUCCAUCUCCGGGCAGCUGGCCUUCAUCUCCGCUUAGCCGGAUUCUUCGACUCGAACACGACGCCCGGCUACAUGGACGAUCUAAUGGGCCUGUGGCGCGCCACCGCCGCCUUCUUGGACGAGCUCCUCGGGUCAGACAAGUCAGUCCACGGAUUAAAGGACGACUUCCGCGGCUCCAUCCUGCCGUAUGUCACAAAUUACAUUCAGCAGAUGCUCGUCGCCGCCGGCUUCGCGCUUCUCAAGCUUCUUAGGUCAUUCUUUGCGAAGACGAUAGACUUUGAGCGCGGACGAAACUUGUUCCAUCGCGCGAUCCAGGCCAUCCGCGCCACUAGCGUCGUCCAGAAUGACCUCCAGUCGCGCCUCGCCGAGCUGAUGGUGCAGAUGUGGAACGGGGCUCGUCUGGACUCCAUACCUGAGGGCGGGUAUGGUGCGACGGAUGAUGACUCGCCGAUUCAGAUUGACGAUAGCCUUCAGCUCAAGGUGCGGUGUCGCCAUUCCAUGAGUCUUGUGUUUGACUCGGUGUGGCGAUGGCGAGAAGAGUACCAAGCUCUUGGACGAGGCUCGCUUGAUUCGUUAAAACAACCCACUAAUCCUGACUCCGCCAACGAGUCCUCCGCAUCCUCUACACACCUCGACAGCGGAAACUCAAACGCGCCGCUAAUGCAAACCCACCCCGCUCUCCACGGCAACGCCCUGCUCGCCGCCAACGGCGCCCUCACGCCGGGAGCUUCGGGCCUCUCCGUCCCCGUGUCCGCGGCCACGAGCAUGAUGGGGGGUGCCCUGGGCUACGGCGGCGCCGGCGCGGGUUCCGCCGAUGCUGGCUACGAUUUCUUUGACCCCCAACAUUGGAUGUUGGAUGGGCUGUUGGACUUUAAUUACUCGUUUGCCGUUACGCCCUUGGAGGGCGUGUGA